ACACUUGAAGUUUAAUCUUGGCCAUCCAUUGAAUAUAGAGUUCAAAACAACACUCACCAACCACAUCUCUAGGAUUGCCACUUCCUCAGAAUAAAAAUGUACCACAAAAUUUCACCUAACCUAACUUUGAUGGUUCACUUAACGUUUUUGAGUACUUGGGGAUAAUAUCAAUAACUAGGACGAGGUCAAACUUAAUCUAAAAAUAGAAAAUUUAAUCGUGAGACGAAGUUAGCCGUUACAAACCUAGCAUAUAUGAUAGUCAUGAGUAAGCUAUAUAAAGGCAUUAAAACCCCAAAGACUAAACCACCUUGGUUCUCAUUUCGAACAAAACAUAAGUUGACCAUAAAAGUUAAAACAAAAAAGAGCUUUGUUGCUUGGUUUUGAGUCGAAAAAAUGGGAACUAAAUUUGCACGAGUUAUUUUCAUAGCUCUGGGCCUCCUUACGUUUGAUCAAGUACUCGUUGAAGCAAAGAUUUCAAGGAGCAUGUAUAUCGAUUGGGGUCAACAACAUGCUUCUAUUUCAGGAGAUGGUGAAGACCUUCAGCUUGUCCUUGAUCAAACUUCAGGGUCUGCUGCUCAAUCAAAGAGACAUUUCUUAUUUGGUAGCAUUGAAAUGCUCAUCAAGUUGGUACCUGGAAAUUCUGCAGGAACUGUCACAGCCUACUAUCUAACCUCUAGUGGUGACAAACAUGACGAGAUCGAUUUUGAGUUCUUAGGGAACGUUUCAGGACAACCUUACAUUGUCCACACAAACAUCUACACACAAGGAAAAGGAAGCAAGGAACAGCAAUUCUACCCCUGGUUUGAUCCCACGGCUGAUUUCCACAACUACACCAUUCAUUGGAACCCCACUGAAAUUGUGUGGUACAUUGAUAGUUUGCCAAUUCGAGUUUUCCGAAACUAUGAAAACCAGGGUAUUCCGUACCCCAACAAGCAGGGGAUGAAGGUUCACGCAAGCUUAUGGAAUGCAGAUAACUGGGCAACCAGAGGUGGCUUGGUGAAGAUAGACUGGAAGAGCGCACCAUUCACAGCCAGGUUCCGGCGGUUCAGGGGAAAGGCCUGCAAGUGGAAUGGACCGGUGAGCAUUGGCCAAUGUGCCGCUGGUACCCCAGGAAACUGGUGGACUUCCCCUGUUUACAAGCAGUUGAGCAAUGCUCAGAAGGGUCAGCUAAAUUGGGUGAGAAGUCAGCACAUGAUCUAUGAUUACUGCAAAGAUACUAAAAGGUUCAAUGGUCAGAUGCCACCAGAAUGCUCAAAACAGCAGUUUUACGGUGACAAAUGAUGAGCAUGAAGAUAUACAUAGCAGUAACCUUGGACUCUAAUGAUUAUUAUGCUGCCUAAAGUUUUCACUUUCUGUCCAAUUCACGUCUGAAAAAUAAACUCUCAUUAGUUCUGGUACUGCUUUUGUAUUGCUUUCGUUGGGGUAAAUUCUACUCCUAAACUGAAAGUUCAAAUUGUUUUAUAAUGUAUUUGAGAUUAAUUCAUUUUAAUCUCAUUCUUGUAUUCAAGUCCUUUUCUUUUAUUUUUUUCAUCUUGUAUUUUUUUUUUUUUGUAACGGAACGAAUCCACUUGGUCACUCCAAGCUAACUGCGAUUAGAACAAUAUAAAUGUAAUAUUUUAUGUAAGCAUUGGUCUGGAUAGGCAAAAUAAUGAACUUGUCUAAAUUU